AAGGAAGAAGGCAUCACACUGAAGAGAUUCGAAAUAAAUAAAUAAAAACAUUUGGGGGUUUUCACUAAUCCUUCAAGGUGUGACCUGAGUGAGAUUCACAACACAAAAUCAACCUCAAGCCUCUCGAUUCAUCCCAUCAUCACCAUGUGGAGAAGAAUCGUCUCCUCUCAUCUCAAAACCCUAGCCGCCGAUGUUGUCGCUGCUUCUUCUCGUCGAUCGAUAGCCGCCACCGCUAGACCCGUCGGCUUCUAUCUCUCCGCCAAUCGAUCAGCCAUUUCUGCUUCUUCUUCUGUUUUCUCUCGACAUUUCAGCUCCGAAUCAGUAGAGAUUUCCGCGAAGAAGAAGGUGGAGGAUGUAAUGCCUAUUGCAACUGGUCAUGAGAAGGAAGAGCUUGAAGCUGAAAUGGAGGGAAGGAGGCUGCUUGAUAUUGACUUCCCUGAAGGUCCUUUUGGCACAAAGGAAGCUCCUGCUGUUGUGAAGUCCUACUAUGACAAGCGAAUUGUGGGAUGCCCUGGUGGUGAAGGCGAGGAUGAGCACGAUGUUGUGUGGUUCUGGCUGGAGAAAGGAAAGUCCUUUGAGUGCCCAGUUUGCACGCAGUACUUUGAGCUGGAAGUGGUUGGUCCUGGUGGACCUCCGGAUGGUCACGGUGAUGAAGAACAUGAGCACCACCACUAAUUCCGGCCUCUCCCUUGCCGCGAGUUUUUCUUCUUUUUCAUAGAAUUUUUUUUUUUUUUUAUGAUUGGAAUAAAAAAAAAAAAAAAAAAAAGGUAUCUGCCGUUUGGUGAAACACAAAGUUGAAAAUGUUUUUGAUCCUUUUUUUUUUUUUUGAGAACAACAAAAGACGGUAUCAGAGUUUCCCAAAGUGCCAAAACUCUUAUGACCGUCGUUUUAUUUUUGUAACACUUUUGUUGAAUCAGAAUCAUUCUUGCCUUUUAUUGCUUA